AGGAGCGGCCAUAGGAGUGCAGAUUUCUGUCAGCACCAGGACCCGGAGCACGAAGACAUGAACGGCUUCACCCCUGAGGAGAUGAGCCGUGGCGGGGACGCUGCCGCCGCCGUGGCCGCCGUGGUAGCUGCUGCCGCAGCCGCCGCUUCAGCCGGGAAUGGGGCCGGGGCGGGUGCCGGAGCUGAGGUGCCAGGCGCAGGGGCACUUUCGGCGGCCGGGCCCCCGGGAGCGGCGGGUCCUGGCCCGGGACAACUCUGCUGUCUGCGGGAGGAUGGAGAGAGGUGCAACCGGGCAGCCGGGAACGCCAGCUUCAGCAAGAGAAUUCAGAAGAGCAUCUCCCAGAAGAAGGUGAAGAUCGAACUGGACAAGAGCGCAAGGCAUCUUUACAUUUGUGAUUAUCAUAAAAACUUAAUUCAGAGUGUUCGAAACAGAAGAAAGAGAAAGGGGAGUGAUGAUGAUGGAGGUGACUCACCAGUACAAGAUAUUGAUACUCCAGAGGUUGAUUUAUACCAAUUACAAGUAAAUACACUUAGGAGGUACAAAAGGCACUUCAAGCUGCCAACCAGACCAGGACUUAAUAAAGCACAACUUGUUGAAAUAGUUGGUUGCCACUUUAGGUCUAUUCCAGUGAAUGAAAAAGACACCUUAACAUAUUUCAUCUACUCGGUGAAGAAUGACAAGAACAAAUCAGAUCUCAAGGUUGAUAGUAGUGUUCACUAGAAGAGAUCAAAUUGAGAGUAAGACUUGAUGUUCAGAUACUAUUUACUCUUUUUCACAUGUAGAAAUGUUUCUUGUGUAUUUUUUCUACAGCGGAUUUUCUCUGGCUUUAUUUUCUUUGUUUCUGACUCUAAUAAUUAGCUGGAAACUCAUGUAAAAUGAGGUUUCCAAGAUUAAAAAUAUUUUAAAUAAAAGUUAUUGCUAUUA